AUGCAGAAGGUGACAUCUAAGCUGCCGUCCUGGGACACCACCAAGACCACAAGCAAGAAGGGCUUUGACAAGGUCUGGGGUUGGGCGGAUAAGCUCGGAGCACCCGUGAAUCGGCUUUCCAAUCGCAUUGGCAGCGAAGCAUUUUGGCCUACGACGCUGGACAAGGAAAGCGACAAGGCCGCAAGAAUCUUGAGAUCAUUUUGCAAGGAUGGUUUCUAUACCGAAGAAGAGCGACCGGCUGAUGAUGCCGGCCCGAAGCGGAAACAACGAGUUAUCAAGAAGAUUCCUCAAAAAGUAAUAGAGAAUGCUGUUGGUCUCGCCAUCUUCACAACUAUGCGUACCGGAUUGUGGAUAUCCGGAGCUGGCGGUUCUGGAGUCCUAGUUGCCCGACAGGAAGACGGAUCAUGGUCACCACCUUCGGGCAUUUUGCUCCACACGGCCGGUUUGGGAUUCCUUGUUGGUGUUGACAUUUACGACUGCGUGCUGGUGAUCAACAAUCCCAAGGCCCUUGAAGCAUUCACCAAGAUCCGGGCCACCCUUGGCGGAGAGAUCAGUGCAGUCGCCGGACCUGUCGGCAUGGGUGGAGUUCUCGAAAACGACGGCAAGUGGAAACAGGCAAAUAGGCCGGUGUUCACAUACCUCAAAUCCCGUGGCUUCUAUGCAGGUGUCCAGGUCGAUGGUACGGUCGUGAUUGAGCGCACUGACGAAAAUGCUCGCUUUUAUGGAGAGACGAUAGGUGUUUCCGACAUUUUGGCUGGAAAAGUUCGACAUCGACCUCCGGAGCUUAAAAUGCUGAUGGAGACAUUAAAGGCUGCUGAAGGUCGAUCUGAUGUUGACGAAGAGCUCAUGGAGGAGCUCGAAGGACAACCAGCGCCAGGUGACGUCAAUGUCGAGGCUCCCAGCGAUGGGAAACUAUUUGGCAUUCCGGAACCUGACGAUCCAGAUCCGUAUGGCUUUUUGGCACUACAAAAAGAGGGACUGGAUAUCGUGGAAGCUGGCACUCGUUCAAGACCAUCGAGCCGCCAGUUCGAAUACCAUCCAAGCCCAACGAGUCCAGUCUAUGCCAAAUUUCACAGUAGAAAUAGCAGCAUGGAAACAUCAGAAACAAGAAACAACCGCGAUAGCUAUACAUCAUCUCGCCUAAGAUGGAGCUCUGAUCGACACUACGAGUCGUCCGAUGCUGGCACACAAACAGACGAAGUCAUAACUCCAAUUACGAGCCCCGUCAUCAACGGCUUUGGGCACUCAAACCUUUAUGAUGAGAACGGCGACUUUUACAACGCGGUCAACGAUAGUCCCUGGAGUUCAAAGGGCCGCAAAAACAGUAUACACCGCGACUGGGGCAGAGACGACAGCCUUACCUUUUUCAGCGAAGACGACGAGAAAUCAGAAGCUGCGUUCUUGUCUCCCUCCGAUCUACGAUCACAGUCCAUCAGCGCUCCUCCAGUUGAUGCUGUAGUCACUCCUGCCCGUGUGCCACCUCCCCUUCCGCCGAGGAAUAUCUCCCGCCCUCUCAAGCCUGAGUUUGAGGAAGUAGAUCUGAAGGCCGUCGAAGUUGCGAGCCACGAGGAAGCUCUCUCGUCCGCUCCCCAUUCAGAAUUUACCGCCAAAGAGACAGAAGGCAGCAUUAGUGAAGCAACGUCGGUCUCACCAAGGGAAACACCACUUGGAAAGGAAGACGAGCACUUUGCUUUGCCACACGAAUCCUCCCGUACUCUCUUCGAUUCUGACUCACACUCGCUUGAGAUCAACGCUCGGGACGAGGGUGAAAGAUUCCACAGCCUCUCUGGCAGUCCUCGCAAGUCUGGUGAAUAA